AUGGGUAGUGGUGAUUUGAAUCUAUUAAAGUCUUGGAACCCCAAACUAGUCAAAAAUAGAGAGAAAGUUUGGGUUAAAGAAAAGGAACUUAUUAAUGAGGAGUUGAAAUUGAAGGAAAGACAGUUAGAACUACAGAAGGAGAAAGAACUCGAUGAGCUAGUGGGCGCUAAGACAAGAGCGCUAGAUUGGAUGUAUAAUGAUCCUCUAGCGUCUUCACAAACUCAGAAUAAUGAUUAUUUACUAGGUAAAAAAAAAUUGGAUGCUUCAGUAGUUAAAAAAGAUUCAAGUACUGAGGAGUUGAAGAAAGAUCCAACAACAAACCUUGUGUCACAGAGGCAAAAAUUCGAUUAUUCAUUAGACGAUCCAAUGAGUGCCAUCAAUAAGGCAAAGAGGAAACAAAUUAAAAAGAAGAACGGUAAGAAACAACCAAAAGUUCAUAAACAAUAA